AUGUCCGCGCGGGCGUUGGAGCGGGCGGACGCGCUCGCGGACGCGACGGAGCGCGCGCUCAAGCUCGUGACCGGCGGAAACGAAGGCGAAGGCGACGACGCGGAGGAAGAAGGCGGCGGAGCCGAAGAAGCGGUCGAGGGCGAGGAGCUCGAAGGGUGGGAGAUGACGGAGCCGCCCGCGGCGUCGACGUCGUCGCUCGAGCUUAUGAUUCGCGUCCCCGGCGCGGAGGACGACGACGACGCGUUAGAGCACGGCCUCCUCGCUGAGAUCGCGGCGAUCCGAUCCAUGGCGCCGGAGCCCGCGAACGCCGCGUCGUUCUCGGACUCGCCGAUGGUGUCUCCGGUCGGAUCGCCGUCGUCUAGGAGCGGCGGCGGGGACGAUCCGUUCUCCGCGUUUGGCGGGCGAGCGGCGGCGGACUCGAGCGACGCGGACUCGUCCCCGUCGACCGCGCCGCCGCCGUCGGCUCUAAACCCCGCGGCGAGGGCGUCCGAGACGUACCUCCUCCCCGUGGAGGGUCUCGGUCUCUCCGCGCGCGAGGUGUCGUCGCUGACGGAUAAGCUCGCGCGAUUGGACGAGCGCCUUCGGAAGCUCCCGACGCAUCGGUUUGAAUUCACGCGCGCGGUGAAGACGACGGCGACGCGACCGUUGGGCGCUCUGAACAGCUCCUCGCUCGAGACGCUCCGCGCGGACUUCGCCGCGGACGCGACCGCGUUCCGCGCGCUGACGCAGAGAGCGCUCGCGAUGGGGUCGAAAGGGUUAGCGUGGGAGCGCGGCUCCGGCGUCGCCGCGAACGGGUUGGACGAGGGCGGGCCGCUGUGGAACGCGUGGUCGGACUCGCUCUUCGAGCACGUCGUCCGGCGCGGGGACGCGCUCCUCGAACGACUCGAACGGAUCACUCGAGAGCUGUCCUGGGUCGUGGACACCGUCCGCGGCGGCGCGGUCGGCGAUGGCGGGGAGGCGUUCGUGCCCUUAGAAGGGAGCCGCGCGGGCGGCGGCGGUGGCGGCGGCGGCGGGAUCGCGUCGGACCGCUGGGAAGACGUCUCCGCGUCCGUCCCAGGCGGGGGAACGUGGAGGAAGAAGCCGUCGAACCCCCCGGACGUCGUCGUCUUGGACGAAACGAGGCGCGCGCACGUCGCGCGUCUCGACGCCGAGCUCGCGUCCUUGCUCGAGCUCGUCAGGGCGGUGAACGCGAACGCGGCCGCGGACCUCCCGAAGCUGGAGAAGAACGUCGCCGCCGCGCGCGCUGGGCUCGCGUCCGAGGCGACGGCGAAGGCGACCGCGCUGACGGAAUGGUUCGCCGCGGCGGAGGCGCGAAGGCGACGGAAGUCGUCCGCCACCGCGGCGAGCGCGCGCGCGGCCGCGAGCGCGGUCGACGGCGCGUUCGAGCCGCCGUCGUCGACGCCGACGCCGAAGCCCGCGGCGACGGACGGCGCCGAGGAGGACGCGCCGAGGACAUCGGCGGACGUCUCGAGCUCCCCGGAGGCGCUCGAGCUCGCGUUCGACGUGGAGAUCUCUCGCCUCGACGCGGCGGACGCGGCCGCGGCGGCGGCCGCGAAGGCCAUCACCCGCCGCCGCAACGCCAUCGAGCGCGACCGCGCGCACAGCGAGCGCGUCGGGAAGCACGCGGCGCGAGCGAAACAGGACGCGGACGCGCGAGUCAAACGCCUCGACCGCGUCGCCGACGCCGCGCGCGCGUCGUUGCGACGCCGCGGCGCGUCCGCGCUCGUCCCCGAGUGCGAGGACAUCGCGGCGGACGUCCGAGAGUUUGGCGACGAGGUCACGCACGCCUGGGCGACGCAGACGUCGCGGUGGGCGGAGUUCGCGCGAGACGCGACGUCCGCGGUGGCGAUGGGAUACGUCACCGUCGUCGACGCCGCCGCGGAGUGCGCGACGGAGCUCGCCGAACGCGGCGCGAAGGAGCUGUCGGAGCGGACGCAGAGAGAGGACGCGGGGCUCGACGGCGACGGCGACGUGCCGCUGAGCGUGAUGUUCGGAGGGAGCGGCGGCGGCGGGGGUGGCGGCGGGGGAGGAGGUGGCGUGGGAUCGGACGCGCUCGCCGCCGCGGCGAGGAGCGUGCGCGAGUCCGGGUCGAGGGCGAUUCGAGACCUCGCCGGGAACCUCGGGUCGAACAUCUCGAAGCUCUCGGACGCGUUCGGCGCCGGAGGGUGGGCCGCGCGGUUCAAGCCGGGGGCGAAGAAGACGAGCGGCGGCGGCGGCGGCGGCGCGGCGAGGGACGACGCGGGCCCCGGCCCCGGGGGGACGAAGGCGCCCGGCGCGGGGGCAGAGCGCGACGGCGACGCGGCGACCGCGGGCGUCGCCGCGGAGGCGGCGUCGGCAGCGGGCGAGGACGGCUCCGAGGCGCCCGAGGCGGGGACGCCGAGAGAGUCCAAGGCGACGAAAACGCUAUGA